GUCGACUCGCAACCAUCACCGUUCCAAUAGGGGGGAAAAGUACAAGCUUGGCGCCAAGCACCGUGUCAGUAAAACAGCACGAAUUGAACCGGUUUGUCCGUGUAUUAGACGUCUGGCUUUUUCUGUUUUCGUUUUGCAGCUUGUAGAAAUGGGCGCUAGCCUCACUGUCAAAAAUAUGCUCAGGUUUCUCGGCCUAGUCCUGCUUCUGCUGCUGCUGGGAUUUGCACAGGCGCUCUCAUAAAUUGGAAAAAAAGGCCAUUUCGAAUCCAAAAGUGCGACCUUCUUGGUGACCAACACCACGACCGACGCGUGAAUGGUGCUUUGGCAGCAGUUGAAGCUUCUUACAUGUACAGUCCAUAAGACCUCUCAUCUUAUCACAUGGAAAACCUCACCUGUAUAGGUCAAGGCAACUGGCUUCUUCCAUUGAAAGCACCAAACCAAGGCCCACUUUUUAAUCUACAGUCCCUUAAAAAGUACUGAAAACCAACAGAAGAGCUACAGAAAUGAGUUGACUCUGGCAGCCACCUGGUUGCCAUUUUUUGUUCUUACAUUUUCCUGGAAAUCACAAAAAACAAUGGACAGAGCUUUGCCUGACAUUAGAACUGAUGAUAACACCUGCAUGUCCCCUCCCAGUCCAGCUUUCAGCCUAGAUUCAUCCAGUCCGUUUGCAAAUGGGUUACACUUCGAGUCCAUUUUGUUUGAGGAGGAGGAAGACGAGAGUACAGACACAAGGUCUUCACUGGAAAGGCCUCGUAACAGCCCAAAAAAUGACAAUACUACAUCUACAAAUUCGAAGUUAAGUCUUAAGAUUGAGAACUGUCUACCCAAAAGAGGAAAGGCCUGUAAAUUAGAAGAGAAAAUGGAAAACUUUAAGGUAGAGCCAGAUGACCACUGCAAUGCAGCCCCUCUCAAGUGUGUUCGUAGCAAGAAAACCAACCCAAAGUCAAGGGUUCUUCCACCAGUGAAGUACCUAGAAGGUGAAGUAAUAUGGGCCAAGUUCAACCGCAGGCCAUGGUGGCCAUGUCGGGUGACUGUCAAUUCUUUGUUGGAAACAUAUCACAAAAUACAAGAGAUAAGCGAUAAACUCUGCCGUCAUUAUUACAUCAAGACUUUUGGAGAACCUGAGGAACUGGCAUGGGUCUCUGAGAAAGCCACCAAUAUGUUUGUGGGUGGACAUCAGUUUCACAGUCUCCCUGGCCCCAAGAGAGGUGUACCCAAGCGAUUUCUGAGGUCCUGGAAUUCUAGUGUGGCUAAAGCAGAGGCACUUUUCCUAGGGAAGCCCAGUAAAAGCCCAUUGACAUCUGAAAUUACGGAAGAGAGCUCAGCUGAUGAAAUCACAAACACACAAGAAGAAGAGUCAUCUAUUAUUUCAUUGCCUCUAAGAACCUCUGAAGGUGGGCAUCAAGUCAAUGGAAAGAUUUCACAUAAAGGUCCGAAGACUGUGGAUAAAUCUAAAUCCAAAAAGAAGCCACGAAAGUCAUCAUCCUCGCUUUUUACAAAAUGUAAGACAUUUUUUGGGGAAAAUGCAAAGCCCAAAGAUCCAAUGGACAGUCCCUAUUCCGACAUCGACUCUGUGCCGCAGAUCCGCCGAUGUUCCAAAGGCUGUGACCAGCCUGCAGAGAAUUUUACAGCUGAUCACCCUGCAAAACAAACCACAAGUCCGAAUGAUAAAGAAGUCAAGAAAAACACAGAUGUUCAUGGUGGCCUAUGGUUUAGCAAAUCAGGGAAAUGUCAAGCCAACGGGGUAAUAAGUCGGGCAGGAAUGAAAUCAGUUAAUUGCUCUUUUGGUAAGGUAUCUUGUAAAAUUAAAAUGCAAGACACAGUGAGUACGAAACUAAAAGACAAUCAAGUACCAGAACACCUAUCCACCACCACACCAAGUCUUGAAGAUCAGUCUGAACCCAAGAAAACUCUUGACAGAGGAGCGGCAUGUCUUCCAGCCAGUAGUCGGUUGAUGACUAGAGCUUUGAGAGCAUUGGAAGAGGCUCAGCUCCAGCUACCAUCUAGCCAAAAUCAGGAGCAAACACAGCACAUACCUGACAUACGUGUCACUAGAUCUGCUGAAAAGAAAAAAGCCAAAGUAAGGACUUCAGCGAGAAAGCCAGCAGAUGCAAGCCCUAAGGAUGUAGAAGCGAGUGAAAUUCCUACAAUUUCUUCAGAGCUGCCUGCAUUGACAAAUGAUAAAGAUGCUGUCAGAUCAGAGGAAGCAUGUUUAAAAACUUCUGAAAGUGUUAAUCAUGAUAGAUCAGAAUGUAAGCAAGAAAAUCAUGUCACAGAUGAAUCAGGUCAUUCCGCUGCUCCUCAGUGUCAGAUCAAUCUGACAGAGUUUGAAGACAUGAAAGAAAUAACGUUCAAGUCUUUGGAAGGGAAAAUGGAUGGAAAGUCUAUGACAUUUCGACCAGAUGCAAACUAUAGAUUUAGCACUUACUUGAUGAUGUUAAAGGAUAUACACGACAGCAGAGAAAAAGCUGGUCGACCCUUGAUAGUGGAGCCUUUACCCUCAAAGAUGCUCAUUAAAGAUGAGCCAUCCCUGCCUUUGAAAAAAAAAAAGAUUGAGUUUGUCAAUUUUAAAUCUAAACAAAAACAGCAGAACACAAAAAAAGUUCCAAACAAGGACAUUAAGAUCUUCCAUGAAGAAGCAACCAAAAGCUGUAUAGAGCCAAAAUGUGGUAAAAAACCUAGCAAAAAAAAUCAACCUGUAAUCAAGAACAAAGAUAAUAAUAUUCUCUUGCCUUGUGAGCAGUCAACGUCUCUAUCUAACUUGAGCCAUCUCCAAGAGGUCCAGGAAAGCAAAUUUCUGGGCAGUGUACCUAAAAAGCGCUGGCAAAGGUUUGACCAAGACGGUGGAAAGCUGCUACAUACAGAAGUCACAAGUCAGUUGGAACAGUCACAGAUCCCACCUUUAAAACAGAAAAGUCUUUUAACACCUGGGACAGAAGAGACAGUUUCAUUGGCACCGGGGACGGAGAUAGUCACAAACACAGCAAACGGUGCUUGCGAAGAUUCUAGCUCCCCCAAAGAGGGCAAACGUAUCCGAAAGCCGAGCAAAAGACUCAUAGAGUGGACAGAGGAAUACGAUCAGAUAUUUGCUGCCACUAAGAAGAAAGCAAAAAAGAAGCCUGAAUCCUCACAGAAGACUAUAACACACGACAUUGAGAAUAGCACUGAUAGGUCCCCAGAGAUACAGCAACAUCAAGAAACAGUACCAAGCGUUCAAAACUCCAUACCUGAAAUCCAGAAUCCUCCUCCUGAAGAAAGGUCUAAAAGUCCACCCCCGGUAGAGAAUCCUCCAUGUGAAGAGAGUCCGGCCAUGGCUGCAGACACACCUAUUCCACCUCCAGAAUCAGAAACCUCCUUUUGUGCAGAAAAAUGCAUUGAGGAACAGCUUCUCGAUAAUUGUUCAGCCACUAGCGAUGACAUCUGUUUAAGCACGAAGAGACAAAGGAAGCCGACCAAGAAAAUUCUAGAGAGUUCAAUAGAAGCUGAGUCGAUUCCAAUACCAAAAAAGAAGGUGAAGACUCAGAAAAACAGUUCAUCUGGACAUGCCACUAAUUCAGGAAUCGGACAGUCAAAAAAUAAAAGCAAGCAUCCUGCUGCACUCAUUUCUGAAGUGAGUUCCCCAGUGCCAGAAAGCAUCGAUAAAGAGGCAGACGCUACCCCUACCACCCAUGACCAGCUUAACCCAGAGGUCACCAAGGAUGGCAAAGACAGCCAGGAAUCUAAGUCGGUAGAGCCAAGUGUUGAUGAGUCUGAGGGUAAAGAUGAACCUGCUGAAGAAGUCUUGCCCAAUAACAGGCAAGACUUUUCAGGGGAUAAAGUUGCUGGGGCCUUAACAAAGGACAGUAUAUGUCGGGUGUGUGAAAAGCAGGGACAGCUGUUUACCUGUGAGGGCCAGUGCUGUGGUGCUUUCCAUCUACAGUGUGCUGGUCUGACAGAGCCUCCGACGAGAAAGUUUCUGUGUCAGCAGUGCACUUCAGGUGUACAUGAAUGCUUUGUGUGCAAGAAGCUGGGAGAUGAUAUGAGGCGCUGCAUGGUUUCUUUGUGUGGAAAGUUCUACCAUGGAGAGUGCAUCGCCAACCAUUCCCUCAUAGUGCCUCUAAACCGUGGUUUCCGCUGUUCCCUCCAUGCUUGUCUCACUUGCUUCUUCGCCAACCCAAACAACCCAUCAAUCUCUAAAGGUCGACUGACGCACUGCGUUAGAUGCCCAGUCGCCUAUCACACUACUGAUUACUGCAUCCCUGCUGGAUGUGUCGUACUGAGCAGUAGCAGUAUUGUCUGUCCUAACCACUUUGUUCCACGUAAAGGAUGUCGCAACCAUGAGCAUGUGAACGUCAGCUGGUGCUUUGUUUGCUCUGAAGGUGGUAGUCUUCUUUGCUGUGAGUCCUGUCCUGCAUCAUUUCACCGUGAGUGCCUAAAUAUCGACAUGCCCGAGGGCAGCUGGUACUGUAACGACUGUCGAGCUGGGAAGAAGCCACACUACAAGGAGGUUGUGUGGGUUAAAGUCGGUCGAUACAGGUGGUGGCCUGCGGAAGUUAGUAAUCCUAAAGACAUUCCAGAAAACAUCCUGCGCAUGAGACAUGAUGUUGGAGAGUUUCCGGUACUUUUCUUUGGUUCCAAUGAUUACCUUUGGACUUACCAGGCUCGUGUUUUUCCAUACAUGGAAGGAGAUGCCAACAACAAAGAAAAAAUGGGAAAAGGGGUUGACUCUGUUUACAGGAAAGCCUUGGAUGAAGCUGCUGUAAGAUUCCGAGAACUGCAGGCAGAGAAGGAACUUCGUCAGCUUCAGGAGGACAGGCGAAAUGACAAGAAACCUCCACCGUACAAGCAUGUUAAGGUGAACCGGCCGAUCGGUAAGGUGCAGAUCAUCACGGCUGACCUGUCAGAGAUCCCACGCUGCAACUGCAAAGCCACGGACGAGAACCCCUGUGGCAUGGAUUCAGAGUGCAUCAACCGAAUGCUGCUGUAUGAAUGCCAUCCUCAGGUUUGCCCAGCAGGAGAGGGCUGCCAGAACCAGUGCUUUACCAAGCGGCAGUACUCACAGGUGGAAAUCUUCAGAACGCUAUCACGGGGCUGGGGUCUACGCUGCUGUCAUGACAUCAAGAAGGGGGCAUUUGUAAGUGAGUAUGUCGGUGAGGUUAUUGACGAGGAGGAAUGCCGGUCUCGGAUCAAGCAGGCUCAGGAGAAUGACAUUGGGAACUUCUACAUGUUAACGCUGGACAAGGACCGCAUUAUUGAUGCAGGACCCAAAGGAAAUGAGGCCAGAUUUAUGAAUCAUAGUUGCCAGCCAAACUGUGAGACCCAGAAAUGGACAGUAAAUGGGGACACCCGGGUUGGACUUUUUUCACUGGUGGACGUUCCUGCUUGUACUGAGUUAACAUUCAACUAUAACCUCGAGUGCUUGGGCAAUGGCAUGACUGUGUGUAAAUGUGGUGCAUCAAACUGCAGUGGCUUCCUAGGUGUAAGACCAAAGAACAACAAUUCUUCGGACGACAAAGGCCGUAAGAAGAAGAAAGGCAAUAUGAAGCGCAAGUCACAGCAAGAGGUGACCAAGGAGAGGGAAGACGAAUGCUUCAGCUGUGGAGAUGGAGGGCAGAUGGUUUCAUGUAAGCGACCUGGAUGUCCAAAGGUUUAUCAUGCAGACUGUCUCAACCUUACCAAGAGGCCUUCAGGUCGUUGGGAGUGUCCCUGGCACCAGUGUGACCUGUGUGGUCACGAGGCGGCCUCGUUUUGUGAGAUGUGCCCCAGCUCCUACUGUCUGGAGCACCGUGACGGGAUGCUCUUCAUCUCCAAGCUGGACGGUCGUCUCUCCUGCAGCGAGCAUGAUCCAUGCGGACCUGAGCCUUUAGAACCGGGGGAGAUCCGCGAAUACAUCCCGGAACAUGCCGAUGCAUACCCAGUCAAAGCUUCUACUCUGUUGAGAGAGGGAAAUCCCAACUCGGUUCCCGAAGCCUUAGAAACGUCACUGGUGUCCUCCAGUCCUCCUUCCAGUCCUUCACUUGCGAUUGACGUUGCUGUUAACAGAGCCUACUCGCCCGUAUCUUCAUGUGGGGAGGAAGAAGAUUUGGUGGAACAGGAGGAGAUGGAGAUGGAGAGAGUUAGGGUUAUGGAGGAAGCAGAAGAGCACGGCGAGGAUGGUGAUGAGUCUCCAGUAGAAUCACGGUAUAGAAGAGGAAAGAGUAUGAACGUUACCUUAACUGUAUAACAUGUACAAUACUACUUCUAAACAAUAGUCUAUACUGUGCAGUACAGGAGACAAAAUUGUGUUAGCCGUUAGAUGCUCCUUGGAGACAGAAUGACAGACAUCUGCAGGACCAGAGCGGGCGGCAUAGCGGCACAGCAGUUGGUGUUGGUGGUGAGCAGCUCCAUAUUCCAAGGUAGAUCCAAAUUGCCCCUAAGUGUAAGUAAACAAAUAACGUGCAAUGCACUUUAAUGGACUGUCAUUGUCAUUACCUUGCCUGCCUUGCAGUGUUCCUUAAACCCACCACCACCCUGACCAGUAUCAUUUUUUCUAGAUGCUAAAUGAAUGUAUGUUGAUCUGGGGUUCUUAGACUUCAAACCUCUUUGCACUCAUUUGGUCUUGGAGUUACCUUGUACAGACUAAUCACCCUGGAAAUUAGUACACCACCUAGUGGAGGGGAUGAACCACUUUUAAGGAAGUCUCAAAGAGAUUCAAUGGUUUAAAAAUAUCUUGGGAUAAGUAGAUCCCAAACAAAAUGCACUUAUUUUUUAUUUGUGUUUUUUUUUUUGUCUGUAGUUUUAAGGCUGUAAUGAAAAACCUCUUUUAAAAAGUUGCACCUUAUGAAUGAUUAUCUCAAAACUCCUCGUAUCAAGAUCUGAAAAAUAGGAAUCACUUAAAAGCUUAAAACACUUCAGCCGGAUACACUACAACAGACGUUCUCAGCCAGGGGGCUGCAUCCCAGUAGGGUUCCCAAAGUGAUCUUAUGACGGUAAUAAAUAACUUAAAAGUGUAGAGAAAAUGAUUACACAUUCAAGCAACAAACAAAAAUCCUCACAUUCAUACACUAUAUGGUAAAUUGUACAUGGCAGCCUGACCAUAAGCUUGUUGGACAUUCAAUUCUUAAACCAUUGCCGUUAAUAUAAUAUAUUAUUGCUAUCCCAUCGAUAUCCCAAUUAAUCCCAAAGGUGAGGGCCACUGAAGGUCCUCCACAUCAAACUCAUCAAAUCAUGUCUGGCCCUUUUUUUGUGCACAAGGCCGCAGACAUUAUAUCACUAUACAAUUAGGCACUCGGCUGGUGCAGCGGUACAUUACACUAGCCUACUACCACUGGGAUCAAGGGUUGGACAUCCUCAGUGUUGCUAUCAGCUGGUCAGUCAUUUACAUACAGACUUAAUUGGUUAUGUCCGAUAUGUGAGGCCCCACAAUGAAUUAGCGUCCUGUCCAAAGUGUCUUACUGCAUUGAGUUUAUUGAUUCUGAACCCACCACGUCCCCACAUUUUGCCACAAACACACAAAUGUCAGUCAGUUAUGCUCCUGCUAGAUGUGAACCUGUUCGGAAAUAUUUUUCACAAGCCGUUCAGAUUGCAUUCUGUAAUGUCUGCAACUAAAGUACGUAAGUACAUAAGUAAAGAAGCCUUUCUAAGUAAUAGAAAGAAAUAGAAAUAUCUCUUUUCAAUAUUCAAAAUGUCUAUUCUUUUGAAAUGCAAUGUCCAACAAACUCAUGGUCAGGUGACACAUCUUUAGGUGUGGAUGUCCUGUCGGAUCUUGUAUGCUCAGACGAUCACAGUGCACCCUGUUUAUUCUGAUAACAUAGCAUGGCCAGCUGCCUUUAUUUAGAAGAGCUACAGUGGGGGACCGAAAGACUAAGACCACCAAUGAAAAUGAUUCUCACUCACUUUCUUAUCCACUUGUCCAGUUAGGGUUGUGGGGGGGUGCUGGAGCCUAUCAAUGGGCGCAAUGCACAAAGUAACACCCUGGACGGGGCGGCAGUCCAUCGCAGGGCAGACACACACACACACACCCAUUCACCUAUAGGACAAUUCGGUGUCUCCAAUUAACCUGACUGCAUGUCUUUGGACUGUGGGAGGAAACCCACGCAGACACAGGGAGAACAUUCAAACUCCACACAGAAAGGACCCAGACCACCCCGCCUGGGGAUUGAACCUUCGAGGCCUUCGUGCUGUGAGGCGACGGUGCUACCCACCAAGCCACUGUUCCGUCCUGAGAAUGAUUCUAUUUUGCAUUUUUUAAUUUAGUCCAUGAAAGUCAGCACUUAAUAUUUUUGGUUUCAGAGUAGUUGUUGUAAAUAUUUGAGGUUUGAUAUUUGUAAGACAUUAUAUAAAUGUUUAAAUAAAUAAUUUAAAAAAGGCAAAAUAGAGGCAUAUUCACUAAUGGUUCUAGACUUUUGGUCCCCAACUGUAUGUGUUUAUUUAAAGAAAAAUUGUAAAUGUGGCACAUCCUACGAUUGUUUUGUUUUGUUUUUGUGCCUAAAUAGUGACCCCUGCAGCUGUGUGUGCACUUUUAAAGUCAGAGUAAGAAUUGGAUCUGGAUUGUAAGUGUAAAUAUGCCAUUUUAAGCUGAGAUAUCAGACUUGCUAUGACAUUCAGGUAUACAAGACAUCAUCAAACCCAUAUUUCAUUAGAGAGGAUGUUGAAUAUAAAGCACUAAUUUCGAGGAGUGUUAAAACUGAGGAAAAGUCUUCCCUGUUUAUGAAGCAGCGUGACGACAGCUGUUUUAAGGUUGCUAGUUCUAAAGUGUUUUGUUGGCAAAACUGCACAUAUUCGUACAUGUAAAGGCAGUCCUAUUAUCACAGGAUCACUAGUUGGGCUAUAGACCACAGCAUAGCGGGAUAAUAGCUGCUGUCACAUUGCUAAUGUUUUAAAGUACUGUGUGUACAUGCACACUAAUUAUCAGAUUCUAAUCAGAUGAUUUCUCUGAUUACACUGAUUAUUUAAAUGUUUUUUUGGUUUUUGCCCGGCCAAGACAAAUUGAUUUCUACGCAAUAAUCACUUUGAUAAAAGAAAAUAAUAACAAUAAUCAGACUAUAUCAUCUUUGAUAUAGUAUAUAUAAUCACACUGCUCUCAGUAAUCACUUUGCUUGUUAAUUAGUGGCUUUAAGUUGGGAUGUCCCGAUAACAAUCCACCUAAAAGAUUCCCAAUGCGUUAGACAUUUUGUAUUACCUGCUUGCACAAAUUACUUGGAUCAGCUGACUGGAUCAGUAUUUUAUCAAGAGAGAAAAUGGAACAUUUAAAAUAAUGCCAGUGUUUGAGCAUGCACCUUCUUGUGAGAUAUGUGACAAUACACAGUACCAGAUUGCUGCCCAAUCUGUCGCCGAAAUCUUACUUUGGUGGUGUUACAUUUCUUAAUGCUUUACAGUUGCGGUCCGAUUUUCAAUGAUUUCUGCAAUUGUUCUGUUGACUAAAUUGACUAAACAAUAAGAAUACUGUCAGAAAUCUGUCAGUGAGUUAUUUUAUAUGUUUAUUUUGGGUAAAUAUGACAGUAAUAUUUAGUUAAAUGUCUUUCAGCUCUUUUUAUUAUAACCAACUGCUUUUUAUGAUCGUCGACAAUCUUUUACACAGCUCUACUGUGCAGAAUCAGUAUUUAGUAGUUUAAUUACAUUGACUUUUUAGUUCAGACCAUAUAUUUGUGAUUGGAUCUGAAAGAAAAGGCCACCCUAAAAGCUCAAUUUUAGCUUGAUGUAGCCAUUUCAGAAUGAGUUUUGACAUGUUUUGGAUCAUCGUCCUGUUGGAGCACCCAGAUGCGUCCAAGAUUUAAGCAUUAUCAGUUAAUCUGUCUUCGUUAUUAUACUGUAUUAUUCACUGCAUGAAAAGCACUAGUUCCACUGACAGCAGCAAAACAACCCUAGAGUAUAAUUCCUUCAACACCAUGCUUGACUGGAUAGACGGUAGACGAUAAACAAAUAUCUGUAGAUCACAAAUUCUUGUCCCAAAGUCAGAAACAAACUUCAGUCAAGUUUUAAGGAGCAGAUUUUGACAUCCAUGACAAUAUGAAGCUUGCUGUGAUUCGGCAAAUUCUGAUUUACAGAACACCUCUUUUGUUUUGGGCUGGUUUUGGUCAUUCAGACACUUUUUUUUUUUUUUUUUUUUGCAAGGUGAAGCCGCUCAGGUGGCGCAGCGGUAAAUACGCUAGCACACCAGAGCUGGGAUUUCGAAUACAUCAUAUUGAAUCUCAGUUCGGCCAUCUGUCUGGGCUGGGCGGCUACAUGAACAACGAUUGGCCGUUGUCCAUCCAGUAGGGCGCCGGAUAGGGACCUCAUAACUGAUGCAAUCACGACCUCUGCUGGCUGAUUGAUGGCGUCUGCACAGAGUAGAGGAAUAAUGCUGAUCAGAGUGUGGCUCUCCGUGCACAAGGCUGAUUGGCAUGAGAACUCACCUCGAACAGGUGAAAAGAUGCAGUCAGGUACUGCUCCGUACUGCGUGUCGGAGGGGGCGUGUGUCAGUUCGCUCUCCUCAAUCAGGGGCGGGGGUCAGCACCAGUAGAGAGGAAGCAUAACGCAAUCGGGUAUGUUCCAUGUACUUUAGAUUAUAGCUUUCUGAGCUCCAGUUGUAAUGAUUGUAGCUUAGUCUAAUCGCUGCCCUGUUUAUUUGGGCACCAACUUUAGCCAGAAGAUUACCAAUGACAUUGUUACUAGUUACAUGACAGCUGUAUGUAGAUGUUUUACCCAACAAAUUUAAUAGUGUUAUUUUUUUUAACCUCAAUAAAAAGCUUUAUUUGGACAAAAAAGUUGCAGAAAUCAUUGAAAUCCCAAGACUGCCACAUUAUGUAUGUCUCUAACAAACGUAUGCAAACUUAAUUACAGCUGUAAAUGUGUUUGAGGCAGAAACUUGACUGAUUUUUAAAAAUAUGUGGGUAAAUGGUACAUCUGUGUAUAUUUGUACAUUAUGUUUUUAUAAAACUGAAAUUAUGAGCAGAUUCUGAUGCUUGCUAGCUCGGUGUAAGUCACUGUAAGAAUGUAUACUGUAACUGUUCAGACGUUUUUACCCAUGACCAUGUAUAAAGGUUUAAAUAAUAGUGUGGUUCAUCCCUGUAAUCAGACAAGAUCUCACUGCAUGUUCGCUUGCUCUCUCCGCCCUCUGAAAAUCCUCAAUGAAAAAUACUAGAUUUCCAAAGUGUUGGAACUUAAGAGUAGAGAAUCAGAUGGUUGCGAGAGCGUGAUUAAAAUGGACACUGUACUCGUAUGUGAAACGGCAGUUUUUUUACACUUCCCGGCAUAUCUCUCCACCUGCUUUGCUUUAUCAGAUGUUAGAAAGCAAAAUCCUGCAGCCUUGUACGAGCAUUUCAUUGUGCUGUAGCGCUUUGUACAUAAUAAAGACAGUACAGAACGAUU